AUGACCUUCUGGAGGCUCUCGGUUAACUUCCUCGUUCUUUCACAUGUGCAGUCGGCGAUGGGCAUGCUCUAUGCGCAAGAGAUCAUUGGACGGUAUGACCACAAGGGAGGAGUCCGCGUGACGAAAGAGAUCUUCGCACAGGAUCUCAACAUCAUGAAGAACCUGGCAGAGAAUGGCUUCCGGGUGAACGAGACUUGCUCCCAUGAUUUAUGUGUGGCACCCGUCCCGCUUGCAGCCAGGCGUGCAGAGACCGACAAGCUGAAGCAGCAAGUGGAGGAGGAAGUGCGGAGGCUUGAGAAGGAAACGGCCCAGGCCAACGCUGAACGAGCUGAGGCGGAACAGCGCCGAGCAGAUGCCGAAAGACUCCGAGCAGAGGCUCAACAACGUCAGCGUGAGGCAGAGUCGCGGAGGCGCGCAGCGGAGGAGGAACAGAGUCGGUUUAGAUUCAGCUCCCGUGGUGAUCCGGUGCUAUGCGCCUACAACUCUGCGGGUGAAGUCCUGGAGAAGUCGUGCGUUAACUACACGGGGCCAGCAGUUGUGACGUGCUACAACGACCAAGGCCUACAGAGAAUCAUCUGGGUGGGAGUCAGCGAUGAGGACGGAUCCAACAGGCAAGGUGAUGAUGCUUGGUGGGUCGCUGAAACAGUGGCCUUGAACGUCGCGACGGGCACGUGGUCGUAUGAGGAUGUCACCGGCAAGCACAUUGCUGAUGUCUCCUGCGACACCGCAGAGGGCGGCAGCGCCAGGGUGAAGGAGUCUCCGCCGAUGGAUUUUCUGAAGACCUUCCAGAAAAGUAGCAAGACCUUCCUGGUUCACACAAUGCAGCCCCGAAUCAUUCCAGGGCCCAAGUACAGCUUCAUGGAGGACAUGUUGAAUCGCGACAAGCUGGCAGACCUCGUGUAUGAUGAGCAGAAUGCUAAGGAGUGGCUCAACGCAUUCCUUAUGAUGCUCGGGUACGCCACAGAGCACAACGUUCACUCGAAAGCUUUGGGCGAGAUCGCAAAGUACACCGUGCUCUACGGAGUUUCACAGGCGCAGAAGGCGCAAGCCUCAAGCCAGCGCCAGCACGCUUGGCUUUCCACGGGAGUUUCUGUGUGA